UCAACAGGUGAAGGAGUUGCCAAUACGGCAUUAUUCUGGAGUGCAUAUAUACCAUGCAUCUAGUUUACAAGACCCGCAAAAGAAAUCUUUAUUCUUGAGAUCUGGAGAGCAAGUUAAACUGCAGUAGGUCACUUCAAAUAAUGGCUUCCUUCUUCAAGCUGAUCUCCGUCUUAGUGGUGGUCGUCAUGGGAUUCAUCCUGGUCUCUGAAGCUGCAAGCGAGGUGCAGGAUGCUGCACCACAGGAUCAACUAACUGUGCUUGAAAUAAUCGGAAGUCCACGGAUGAAGAGGUCUCCCGGACAAGCAGAUGCCGGGUUCUUCGGCAAAAACAAGGGAAUGAAAGGAGACUUCGAUGCUGACUCUCAUACAUUUGCCCUAGGAUGGGGUCAGGGGGCAACGUCAAGAUUAGGAGGUAGAUUCAGUGGUGAAGGUGAAUUCUCUGGGGGAUCUCAGUCAAAGGUUACUUUUGAUUGAGCUGCUGUGCUUCGGUAAUGGCGACCACAAGGUCCAAUUCGGAGAAUGACCAAGAUUCACAAUUUGGACACGAAAAAGGAUAUGAAAUAUGGCACCAAUUUCUUUGAAAAGUAUAGAAUUACCUGAAUUCAAAUUAAAGAAUGAUUUUACUACUUUUAUUGAUAAGUAAUGAGACUCUUUCUCAACAAUAAACAUCAUCACGACAUAGAUUAAAAGAUAUAUAUGUAAACAUGAAAAUAAAUCAAUUCACGUAGCAA